AUGGCUAAUACAGCAUGGGUAGCUAAACAUUUCAAGGACAAGAUUAUCAACCAACCUAACAUAAAGCUUAGAAAGUUGCAGGAUUUGAUUAGGAUAAAGUAUGGUCUACAAAUCCUGGCGUCCAAGGAGACAAUACCUGGUAAGGAGGUGUUUGUGGGUAUCUAUAUUUGUCUACAUGCUUGCAAAGUUGGUUGGUUGGAAGGAUGUAGAAAUGUUAUUGGCUUUGAUGGAGCAUUUCUGAAGGGUGUGUAUAAGGGUAAGCUACUAUCAUGCAUUGGUAAAGAUGGUAACAACCAAAUGUACCAUGUUGCCUGGGCAGUGGUGGAAAAGGAGACAAAGCACACAUGGUCAUGGUUUUUUAGGUGCCUGAUGCAUGAACUGCAGCUCACUAAAUCCCAAGGUGAGGGGCUCACCAUAAUUUCUGAUAUGCAGAAGGGACUUGUUGCAUUUGUUUCUGAGUUGUUACCAAAUGUUGAGCACAGAAUGUGUGCAAGACACAUAUGGAGCAACUGGAAACAAAAGUGGAAAGGAGAGGCAAGACGGAAGAAGUUUUGGGCCUGUGUAAGGGCUUCAUUUGAAGCAUAUUUGAAGGCUAAGAUAGACGAGCAGGCAGAACUAGGUGAUAGUAAGACCAUUGAGGACUUGAUGAGAUACCCAAAACAAUGUUGGUGUAGAGCAUUCUUCAAAGAUUGGAGUAAGUGUGAUUCUGUGGAGAACAACAUGUGUGAGAUAUUUAGCAGUUGGAUCUUGUCUGCUAGGCACAAGUCUAUCAUAACCAUGUUAGAAAAGAUUAGAGUGGAGGUGAUGGAGAGGAUGACUACCAUGAGAGAAUUUGCAACAAGGUGGAUUUCUGAUGUAUCUCCUUUGGCAAUGGGGUAUAUAGAGGAACAAUCUCAAUAUGCUGUUAAGCAUGAAUUUAAAUGGAAUGGGGAUACUGGGUAUGAGAUACAACAUGGAGUUUAA